AUGUCUGAUGUCCGUUUUUCUCCUUCAGCUCAGCUGGCCAAUCUGUUGGAUGACUCCAUGUCCUUGGAAGAGGUGCAAAAGGCCGUUGGAAAGUUUGUGGAUUUCUCUCCCAAGCAGAUCUCCUCCUUCCUAAGCCAACUGUCCAAGCUGGGGCGGCCCUUAGCAGCCUGGAAUGCCGUGCGGAGUUUCGAAAAGCUUCGGGUCUCUUUGAACCAGAUCCAUCAGAACAUCCUCCUAGCCUCCCUGGGGCGUAGCCACCACUGGUCCCUGGCGCUGCAUCUGCUGGGCCCCGGCAGCGAUGCGGUGGCUGUCAGCUCGGUCAUGGAGGCAGUGGCGACCUGCAGGUGGCAGCUGGCAGUGGAGCUGUUUAACUCGGCACAGCGAAAGAAGAUCACUCCAGAUGUGGUCAUGGUCAGCAGUUUGAUCAAAGCCUGUGAUGCUGGCAGAAACUGGCACGGCGCAGUGCAUCUUCUAGAAUUAAUGCCUGUCUGGCAAUUGCGAAGCAACCAAAUCACUUACACCAACAUCCUAAGUGCCUGCAGCAGUUGUGGCCAGUGGCCCUCCGCCCUCUCCUUGCUGUCCGGCAUGCCGCGUGCCACCGUGCCGCCCAACGUCCACAGCGCCACGGCCGCCCUGUGCGCCUAUGAGAUGUCGGGGCAGUGGCGGGGCGCCAUGGAGCUCUUGAGGCGUUUAGGCGAUUUUGACGUUUAUCCCAACACAGCCACUUACAACGCUGUCAUCAAGGUCUGUAGCGUGGCUGUGCAGUGGCAAGUUGCCAUUGGCCUUUACGACGAAAUGUGCACAGCCAAGCAGGACCAUGUGUGGCCCAAUGCAUUGACGUUGACUUCCUUGUUGUCAUGCAUAGGCAACUCGCAGGAGUGGCAGCAAGCCUGUGCCCUGGUGGCUGCGCAGUCAAAGGGACAUCUUCAUCCGAUCACGUGGAACAGUUUUGUCAAUGCUCUGUCAUUGGGAUGGCAGUGGGAAUCAGCCUUGGAUGCUCUCUUUGCACCCCGUGGUCCUCGUGGUCCUCGUGGUUUUGGGGCGUUGAUGGAUUCCACCGGCUUCCAUUCGGUGAUUCGGGCAGCUGAUGCAGUGUCUCACUGGCAACUGGCAAUUGGUUUAUUGGGAGAAAUGCAGUCGAAUCGCGUCCCGCCGUGCUUGUUGUGCUGUUCCUCUGCGAUGCGAGCAUGCAGAAAGGAAUGGAAGGUGGCCCUGGAACUGUUGGACUCCCUGCCCUUUUCGCGUUUGGCCGCGGACGCCCAAAGUUGCACCGCCUUGCUGACGGCCUGCGGCCAGGCGGUGGCCUGGGAAGUGGCGCUGGACUUGGCAACGGAGAUCCCUGAGUGCAUGAACUCCAUCAGCUGCAGCGCUCUAUGCAGCACCUUUUCUGCUGCUGGGAUGUGGCACCUCACCUUUCAGCUGCUGGACGAGAUGUUGGACAGCAAGCUCCACAGCUUUUCAGAGUCGAAGUAUGAUCACCUCGUCCAGGCCGGCAGCUCGCUGGACGUCUUCAAGCACUCGGUGCUGGUUCUAUUCCUCCAGGACUUUUGUGCCGAUCCUGAACCGUUUGUUUUCAUCGAUAGCCACGCUGGCCGGGGCCUUUACGCCUUGGAUGGAGGCCGAAAGAACUUCCAGCGCGGCAUUCAGUUGCUACAGCAAUGCACCGUGGAUCCAUUGCCCUCGAGGCCCUCGAGUCCCCUGGCGCAGUACCUCCGGGCGGCCGCCCGGACGGGACCGGGCCACUACCCGGGCUCAGCAGCCUUGGCAGCCAGCUGGCUGCGGCCGCAGGACAGGGCUAUGCUCUUCGAGAUCUCCAGGGCGAUGUCCACAGAAUUGGCUCAGAACAUUGCUGGGCUGCAGAGCGGUGCAUCAGUGCAGGACGCUCGUUGUCCACCACUGCGUCAUCGUUCCCGUCCUCCUGGUCAUGAGAAGGAGAACAAAGAUCUCUAGCCCAUUGCCGAACAUAGCCAGCAUAUUUCGAUGGAGCCAAAGGAAUUAACAUGCCGCUUUCAGCCAAGAAACUGCUGCAUCAGUCUGUC